GUGCUCACCCUCACCCUCCGCGGUCCGCUUUGUGCUCGCUCCUUCCGCGGGGCCUCCUCCCGCCAGCGGCCCGGCCUGAGCGACCGAGCGGCACCCCCACCCCCAACUCCCACCCCCCCGGCCUGAGCGACCGCACCGACCGUCGAGAUGUCUCUAGUGGAUUUGGGGAAAAAGCUUUUAGAAGCUGCACGAGCAGGACAGGACGAUGAGGUCCGUGUCUUAAUGUCCAAUGGUGCUCCCUUUACAACAGACUGGCUGGGAACAUCACCCCUUCACCUGGCAGCUCAGUAUGGUCACUAUUCAACAGCAGAGGUGCUGCUUCGAGCUGGAGUGAGCCGGGAUGCGAGGACCAAAGUGGACAGAACGCCUCUGCAUAUGGCAGCAUCAGAGGGCCAUACAAACAUUGUAGAGGUACUUGUAAAGAAUGGAGCAGACAUAAAUGCGAAGGAUAUGCUUAAGAUGACAGCCCUUCACUGGGCAGUGGAGCAUAGUCACCAAGAUGUGGUUGAGCUUUUGAUAAAAUAUGGAGCUGAUGUUCACACACCAAGUAAAUUCUGUAAGACAGCCUUCGAUAUUGCAGUGGAUAACGAGGAUGAAGAAUUGAUUUUACUGCUUCAGAGGGCAAUGCAGAACCAGAUUAAUACAAAUACAGACAGCUCUGAUGCAAUCACAGUACACAGUGCUGCCCCACAGUUCAUUAUUGGACCUGGAGGAGUGGUCAACCUAACUGGACUAGUUUCCACUGGUACAACAAAGGCAUCAGACUCUUCGGGUAUUUCUACGGUGCAGUUUGGGAAUUCCUCUACAUCAGUGUUGGCUACAUUAGCUGCUUUGGCAGAGGCAUCAGCACCAUUGACACAUACAACUGAAGCACCAGCGAGGAAUUACAGAAGGGCUUGCUUUUCGUUUACGAAUACCAGAGUUUGGAAUGAUGAGGACAACUAUAUGCCUGCUGUUUCAGAACUGAAUGGACCCCACUUUGAGACAGUUGCCACAGAAGAAGUAGUAACAGCAGACUCGGUGGAUAGUGCUAUUCAACAAGUUGUCAGCAGUGGCGGUCAGCAAGUGAUUACCAUAGUAACUGAUGAUAUUCAACUGAGCAACCUACAGGCAGCCAGUGAUGGCGUGAAUCAGCCAAUUAUUGUCACUAUGCAGGCUGGACAACAAGUUUUGACUGUUCCAGCAACUGACAUUGCUGAAGAGACUGUGGUUACUGAGGAACCAUUGAUGAAAAGGCGGUGUGUGGAGGUAAUUGAAAAUCACGCAGGCACCACAGAAAUCGAAAUACAAGAGGGUUCUGGCCCGGAAACCUGCACUCUGCACAUGGUGGAAUUUUCAGAGGAGAAAGAAGUGUUGCAGAAACAGCUGGAAGAAGCGAAUCGGGAGGCACAGAAAUACAGACAGCAGCUUUUGGAAAAAGAGCAGGAGGCAGAAGCCUACAGGCAGAAGCUGGAGGCCUUUGGCCAUCUGCACUCAAACAAAAAGGUGCAUUAAGUUGUCAGGCGGAAAUGAAAAGGUAGACUCACAUCACAAACUAUUCCUUGGUUGCAAAGCCUAUGGGAAGGAUGACCAUCUCUGAUAAACAACCCCAGGGCAUUGAGAUCUGCAAAUUAAAGCACACGUCAAAAAAUUGUGCUUCUGGUCUUGAAAUCCAGAUAGUGACUCAACUGCAGUCAAAUAAUGUAGAGAAGGAUGGGAUAGGAGGGUGAGACGAGCUGAGUCGGUGAGACUGUAUUCUAUAUAUUUCAGCUGAAGUUUGAGUCUGCUGCAAGAGCUAGAAAUCCUCAAUUAUCCACAGUCUUCUAAUUGGCUGAUCUUGGUCAUUUUGUUGUCACUAUAGUGAGAGGUUCUGGUUGUUGUGGGGUUAUCUUUGAAUUUUUUUUAUUGUUAAUUACUGGAUCAGACGUGUAAGAUUCUGCAAAGUAGAAUAUUGUUGUAUAGGCAGAAAAAAAAUGAAAGCAGCCUGCAGAUUAAUACCUUCAGCACAAAUUCUUCAGAUUGAAAUCCAAAUCUGUGAUGGUGAACAGGCAAAAUUUAGAUACAGCCUCCUUUCCACAGUGUGUUGAGAAUGGUUUACCAGGCUGUGCUUUCUGAAGGGAUUGAAGCUUUCAAGAUAUAAAUGUAACUGCAAAAUGAACCAGUAGCUUUUCACAUUCCUGAAAUCGUUCUGAAAGUUCAGAUACCGAAGAUCAGAAAUGAGAGUAAUAAGUCUGGGACUAGUAAAACUCAAAAUCACCACCAGAACUAAUUUAAGAGUAGAAGCUGACACAAAGCUGGUUAAUGUCAUAUUAAAUCCACAUCAAAUAAUCAACAUUCAUAUAUUUAAGCAAAAACAAAAUGCAGAAAAAAAGGACGUUACCAGUGUUUGUAAUUCUUGUAAUGAAUUUUUUUAAUGAGUUGGUUGGACUUGUCCUUUGUCAAACCCGUUAGUGAAGGAAUCCAGGUGAAGGAAUCCAAGCAAACAGAAGAGAUCUCAACAUGGAACAGCACAACGCUAGAAACGCUGCAGGAAGAAAUGACUUGGCUGAUGAGAACAUCACAACCGCCAUAUAAAUCUCUUAAGUCUGUGGUCUGUCGAGGCAAUGCCAUGUUCAGGGAAUGGCAAUAGGUUACGUUAACCAACAUUGUUGCUCCUAAUAUUGACACAUCCCCUCCAUACCAAGGAUGUAUUUCAACCCAAUGUGCUGAGUAUUACAGCAGUUUUUUUUUAAACAAAUUAUACUCAGAAUUUUAAGAAGUAUUGAUUAUACUGUGAGACCAGGAAGAGGGUCGUCUUCCAGUGUUUACACUUCAUUGCCGAAAGUAGAAGUGGAGGAAGAUCCAUCACUCAACCAAGGGCCUUGUUGUGAAAUGCAACUUCAUGUUUGGAUCUGAGAUUGCAGAGUUAGAUCAUUUUCCAUCUGUAUGAAACAGCAUUUCUGCUUCUAGUUUUAGCCAAACACAAUAAUUCUUUGCGUCAGAAUGUGAAAUUGCAGUGCAGGCUGCUGGUGUCUGCAGGUCUCAGUGCUGCAUGGCUGCUGGUGUCUGCAGGUCUCGGUGCUGCAUGGCUGCUGGUAUCAGCGGGUCUCGGUGCUGCAUGGCUGCUGGUGUCGGCAGGUUGCAGCAUUGCGCAGCUGCUGGUGACUGCAGGUCUCAGUGCUGCAUGGCUGCUGGUGUCUGCAGGUCUCGGUGCUGCAUGGCUGCUGGUAUCAGCAGGUCUCGGUGCUGCAUGGCUGCGGGUGUCAGCAGGUUGCAGCAUUGCGCAGCUGCUGGUGACUGCAGGUCUCGGUGCUGCAUGGCUGCUGGUGUCGGCAGGUUGCAGCAUUGCGCAGCUGCUGGUGUCUGCAGGUCUCAGUGCUGCAUGGCUGCUGGUGUCGGCAGGUUGCAGCAUUGCGCAGCUGCUGGUGACUGCAGGUCUCAGUGCUGCAUGGCUGCUGGUGUCGGCAGGUUGCAGCAUUGUGCAGCUGCUAGUGUCUGCAGGUCUCGGCGCUGCAUGGCUGCUGGUGACUGCAGCUCUCGGCGCUGCAUGGCUGCUGGAAGAGCAUGCUUGUAUAUUUUCUUAAUUCAUUAUACUGUAGCUUGUUGAAGAAAUGUAAAUGUAAAAAAAAAUGCUGUUUAUAUUCCACUUGUGCAGCCGAUCAUUGCAUUUCACUGACCUUCAAGAACCGUGAAUUCUUCUGUUGCCUGACCUGAUAUCAAUUGUCCUUUAGAUUCAUAUCCAGUAAUUUUAUUUACUGUUUUGUUGGGGCAUUUUCAUUGAAGGUUGUCACAAUGAGCAUUAGAUUAUUUGCUGGACUGAUAGUGCCGACAUACUGUUUAUGUUAAACAUUGUCAUUUGUUAGCAUGAAAGAGAAAGACUGUGCUCCAACAACUCAUUUCCUCCACUUAUCUGUGUAAAUUGAAAUGUAAUUAGCUACAUUAUAAACUGCAGUGAAUUCAGAGUCUUACCUUAUAGUUUUUUUUUCCCAUUCACGCUAAUCUGGUAAUUAUUAUAAAUGAAGUUGUUGACAAAACGUACACUGUAUAAUUUUCUAUCAAAUAAAAUCUUUCUUAGGUAA